AUGAAAGGUUCGUCGAGGAGAAACGCCGGGGAAGAAGAAACUCCAAGGAAAGGGGCGGGAGCAACCAUCCAACUAACCCCUGAUGAGUUACAGAAAAUGAUAGAGGAAGCCAGCCGGAAAGCAAUCGUGGAAUAUGAAAGAAGAACUGCGACCCCCCUGGUCAAGGAAACAGCGAGGAGGCAACUGUUCGAGAAUGUGGAACCGCUCCGAGAGUCAAGAAUACAGGGCGGACAGGAGCAUCGCAGUAAACGACCAGCGUCAUCCGACGCUGGCUCUAGCAGUCAUAGUCGUGCGAAGAGAAGGGAACUGGUAAUCUCGAGAGCGGAGGUAGAAAGUGUGGGAAAGCAGAUAGAGAACCUUAACAGACAGAUAGAUGAACUCAAAAAACGAGGAGAAAUAGUUGCGCACAACAAAAAUUCACCCUUUAGCAACAACGUCCUGGUCCAAGUGGUGGAACCCGGCUUCCGAGUACCCGAUUUGCCAAGAUAUGAUGGAACUAAGGACCCCUACGAACAUGUAGCGGCCUUCGAUAUGGUUAUGAACUUAUACGGGCAGCCAGGCCCAAUCAUGGCCAAGUUGUUUGCGACCACAUUAACUGGAAAGGCACAAGAAUGGUUCACCAACUUACCUAGGGGAAGCAUUGAUUCACAUGAGCAAAUGAUCCAGAAAUUCUCCUUCCACUUUGCAAGCCGAAGGAAGCAAAAGAGAUCUGCCACCCAUUUAUUCACCAUACGGCAGAGAGAGGACGAGACAUUGAAGAGUUUCGUAGGGAGAUUCAAUAACGAAAUGAUAGAGAUACAAGAUCUGCGUAUAGAUAUGAUGGUCAGUAUUUUGAUUCACGGUUUGAAAAAAGGCCCGUUCGCAUCCGCGCUUGCACGCGACCCGCCUGGAGAUGCCGAGCAGCUCAUGGCUCUAGCCCAGAAAUACAUAGACGAAGAGGAGAUGAAUGCGAUGAAGGACUAUGAGCGGAAGGAGCGCGAGCAGAUGUACAGGAAGCCGAACGAGGCAAGAGAGGUCGGGGGAAGUAGACAGAAGCAAGAAAAGCAAAGGGAGCCCAAAUACAUUCCCAAAUAUAACAACUACACCCCGCUGCCAAUGUCGCGGGAAAAGGCGCUGAUGAUGGUCGAGAAUGCGGAUGUUCUCAAAUGGCCAAGGCACACUAGAUAUACACCCUCCAAGAAAUUUUCCAACAAAUACUGCAGGUUUCACCGGGAGAGAGGGCACAACACGGAAGAGUGCUUCCAAUUGAAAGACGAAAUCGAAAGGUUAAUGAGGCAGGGGUACUUUAGAAACCGAGUCCCCCACAAUUGUAGAACAGGCAGGGAGGAGCCAAGGAGAAGCAGGUCGAGGAGCAGAGACAGGAACCCGGGGCCAUCGAAGUCGAUACACGCCCAAACCACCCCAAACAACGCGCCAACUAAAGGAGUAAUUUACACGAUUGCAGGGGGAUCUAGCUCGAGUAGCUCGAACAGGGAUAGGAAGAGAUGCGCUCGAACUUCGAACUCAAGCCGAGGGAAAGAGUUCGUACUGAAAAGCCAUCUCCUUAGCAGCUCUGAUAAGCCCGAGGAGACGGGGGAGAUGAACGACCCGAUCGUCAUCAGACUCGACAUAGCUAAUUUCACAGUUCACAAGGUCUUAGUGGACAGCGGGAGUUCCGCAGAUAUCAUCUUCAAAAAUGUGAUCGACAAAAUGGGCUUGGAAAAUCUUCGGUUGGAGCCGGUCAAAACACCGCUAGUCGGUUUUGGCGGAAGUGAAGUAACGUCCUUAGGAAUGAUCGAGUUGCCAGUAUCCAUAGGGGACGAGCCCAGGCGGAGGACCACAAUGGUAAAAUUUUUGGUAGUGGAUACCCCAUUUGCGUACAAUGUGAUAUUGGGCAGGCCAGGACUGAACUCAUUCAGGGCAGUCAUCUCCACCUACCAUAUGAAGGUGAAGUUCCCAACGGAUCGCGGGGUAGGAGAGGUAGCGUGCGACCGGAAAGAGGCGCGGAAAUGCUACAAUCUAUCACUGAAGGGAGAACCCGAGGCGAAGAAGAGAAGAGUGAAAGAAGACGCUGAACCUCGGCCCUACGAGCCGGAGCACCUAAAGCCCAGUGAGGAGUACAAAGUCGUCCAGCUCACUCCUGAUGAGCCGGACAGAACCACCAGGAUAGGAGCGAGCCUGAAGGAGAGAGAGGUGGCCAUGAUUGAAUUCCUGAAAGAGAACAUGGACGUGUUCGCGUGGGGUCCAUCUGAUUUCACAGGAAUCGACCCUGGGGUGAUCGUGCAUAGGUUAAAUACAGACCCAGCGAUGCGACCUGUGCGACAAAAGAAGAGGUCUUUCGGGAGCGACAAAAAUGAAAUCAUCCGAAAAGAAGUGGACAAGCUGCUCAAUGCCGGGUAUGUAGAGGAGAUUCAGCACACCGAUUGGCUAUCUAACGUGGUACUUGUCCCCAAAUUCGCAGGGAAAUGGCGAAUGUGUGUGGACUUCACGGAUCUGAACAAGGCGUGUCCCAAGGAUCCCUACCCGUUGCCCCGGAUCGAUGUCAUGGUGGAUUCCACCGCAGGUUACGAGAUGUUCUCAAUGAUGGACGUGUACCAGGGGUAUCACCAGAUCCACAUGGCGGAAGAAGACAAGGACAAGACUUCGUUCAUCACGGAAAAAGGAAUCUUUUGUUACAAUAUGAUGCCGUUUGGUUUAAAGAACGCAGGAGCUACAUACCAGCGCCUGGUUAACAAGAUGUUCGGAGACCUGCUCGAAAAGACGAUGAAGGUGUACGUGGAUGACAUGCUCGUAAAAAGCAAGAGGUCGCGGGAUCACCUCACCGAUCUCGCCCAGGCGUUCGCUAUCAUGAGAUCAUACGGGAUGAAACUCAACCCAGACAAAUGCACGUUUGGAGUAGGUGGAGGAAAAUUUUUAGGAUAUAUGGUUAGCGAACGGGGAAUCGAAGCUAACCCGGAGAAAAUUCGAGCCAUCAUGGAUCUGCGCUCUCCAGCCACGAUCAAAGACGUCCAGAAGUUGACAGGGAAAAUCACCUCUCUCGGAAGGUUUAUCUCGCGGUCAGCUGACAAAAGUCUCCCUUUUUUCAGGAUUCUGAGAAAACCCAAGAACUUCGAAUGGAACGAGGAGUGUGAGAAGGCCUUGCACGAGCUGAAGAAGUACCUGACGACCCCUCCCUUGUUAGCGAACCCGAAGGAACACGAAGAACUGUUCCUCUACCUGGGCGUAUCGGAACAUGCAGUCAGCUCGGUGUUGGUGAGAGAAGAAGGAGGUCAACAGAACCCCAUCUAUUACGUAAGCAAAAUGCUCCAAGGGGCCGAAUUAAGAUAUACGGAGAUGGAGAAGUUGGCACUCGCGCUCGUGGUCACCGCUCGAAAGCUACGACCAUACUUCCAAUCGCAUAAGGUGAUCGUGCUAACGAACUACCCCCUGAAGCACAUAAUGUUGCGACCCGAAGCGUCAGGUCGAUUGAUCAAGUGGACGGUAGAGUUGGGGCAACAUGACAUAGAAUAUCGACCUAGGACGGCCCAAAAAGCACAAGUACUAGCAGAUUUUGUGACAGAGCUAGCAGGUGAACCCGAUCUACCCAGAAUGGUCGAGGAGCAAACCUCCAAAUGGAUGCUACACGUAGAUGGAGCCUCGAACGCCAACAAUGGAGGGGCCGGAGUAUGGAUACAGGGGCCGAAGGGAGUCAAGAUCGAAGCAGCCAUUCGUCUGGCCUUCCCCGUGACCAACAACGAAGCCGAGUACGAGGCGCUCGUACUGGGACUAGAGCUCGCCUUCCAGGCGGGCGCCCAAGAUUUGGAGGUGUACACGGACUCUCAGUUAAUCGCUCUGCAGAUCGAAGGGGCGUAUGAGACGAGAGAGAAAACCAUGACAACUUACAAGGAAAUCGCUCAGCAAUGGAUGAAAAAAUUUGACAGAUGUUCGGUUUUGCAGGUCCCAAGAGCAGAAAAUGACAAGGCAGACGCCUUAUCCAAGUUCGGGGCUGCCAUGGAUGGGAUUGGAGAUCGCAAGAUCACGGCUCUGGUUCGAGCACGACCAAGUAUCGCAGGCGGAAGGGAGGUGCAGACGGUCGCAGAACCUGAAUCAUGGAAGGACGAAAUUGCCAAAUAUCUUAAAGACGGCACCCUGCCUCUUGACCCCAUUGCCGCUAAGAGAGUCAAAUUCAGAGCCACCCGAUUCACUAUGUUGUCAGGACAGCUCUAUAAGCGAACGGUAGAUGGACCUCUCCUGAAGUGUUUAGAUGAGGAGAGAGCUCUAUAUGUUAUGCGGGAAAUUCAUGAAGGGAGCUGUGGAAACCACUCUGGAGCAAGGUCGUUGGCUCAGAAGAUAAUACGUCAGGGAUUCUAUUGGCCCACGAUGGCAAAGGACGCCAAAGAGCUAGUGAAGAAGUGUGAAAGUUGUCAAAAAUACGCAUCCCUUAUACACCAACCCGCGACCCCGGUAGAGCCGAUCAAAAUAGCCUGCCCAUUCGACCAAUGGGGGAUCGACAUCGUCGGACCUUUUCCCCCUGCACCAGCCCAGAAAAAAUUCAUCAUCGUGGCGGUAGAGUAUUUCACCAAAUGGGUCGAAGCGGAAGCGGUCGCUAAAAUAUCUGAGAAUGAAGUCAUCAACUUCGUUUGGAAAAAUAUCAUCUGCAGGUUUGGUCUGCCUCGCAUACUAAUUUCCGACAAUGGGACGCAAUUUCAGGGGAAGAAGAUCACGGGAUGGUGCAAGGAGCUCAAGAUCGCACAGCACUUCACGGCAGUUGCGAACCCGCAAGCCAACGGUCAAACUGAGGUGACCAACCGAACAAUCCUCCAGCAUUUGAAAACACGGCUAGACAGUAAAGGAUCAUGGGCUGAGGAACUACCCGGGGUCUUAUGGGCUUACAGGACAACACCUCGCACCGCAACAGGAGAGACCCCGUUCUGCUUAGUAUAUGGAACGGAGGCUAUCAUUCCAGCAGAGAUCGGGGAGGAAUCUCAGAGAGUGGCAAUGUAUGACCCCGAGGCUAACCAACAGGAACGAAGCUUUGAUCUCACCAUGAUCGAAGAAAAGAGAGAUGGGGCGUACGCUAGGAUUCUGCACCACAAAGGAUUAAUGAUGAGAAGCCAAGGCCGAAGAGUUCGACCGAGAGAACUCCAGGUGGGGGACCUCGUGCUUAAAAAAGUCGAAGUCUCGAAACAUGUAGGUAAACUAGAACCCCCAUGGGAAGGACCGUUCAAGGUGGUGGAAAUCAAAAAGAAAGGGACGUAUAAGUUGCAAGACAUGCAGGGGCGAAGUCUACCACGACCAUGGAACAUCCAGAACUUGAAAAGGUUCUACGCAUAG